AGAGGGAGAUGUGGAGGUUGGGGGUGGUCCAGGCUGAGCGAACUGGCUGCUCAACAUAUACCUCACACUCCACCACCUACGCACAUUAUUUAUGAAAAUCUGCUUAGUGGACGUAGAUGCUACAAACCGUGGUCUCCUUUUCAGUUUCUCCACAGUUACCUACAUUUUGACAAGUAGCUUCUACAAACAUGAUCGCCUUCGAGUAGUAACAGCGCGCUCUGCUCUGUGGAGAUAUUUUUUUCUUUUUCUCUCUUCGCUAUUCAGAUGGCAGAGGAGGGAAUUCAGGGCAGAUGCCUCCCAUGGAUUUUCCUUUUAGAGGAAAUGGGACCUAACCUUUGUGACUGGAACUACUGUACUGAACCGCGCGUUUGCAGUCCCUCUAUGUGGUCCUCGCCUGUGAAUCUGUAAUACAUUCGUCAAUAAGGCAAGUAUAUUCAGUUACUGAGGUUUGCGGAUUAUAUGAGCAAAACACGUUUUACUGCGGAUAGAGAUGCGCGUAUCGGUCGUGAAAAUAGAGGCAGAGGCUGAUAUUCAUUUACCGCAUUAUUUUGCAGCCCGCUUUAAAUGAAAUGGGUUCCUAUUGCGCUGCAGUAAAUCAGUUCUUCCGCGCCUGAGCCAUUAAUCUGUGAAGGGAACGUGCGUCUGUCUCGUGUCAGGCGGCGGGUGCGCGCGCGACCUGAUAGCACUUUUCCUACAGGUGCAUGAACUUGCCGCAAGUUCUUAGCGGGUAUCGCUGAGUUACAGCGCGCCUUAUACGCUCCCCACCUUCCAAGGGUGGUCGCAAUCUGACAAAAAAGUAACUUUGCCAGCUUAGAAACGCUCGCGAAAAUCGUCUUUCUCACUUGUCUUAAACAUAAUCUACAUUUAACUGUCCAUAUGAGCGGAUGUUAAGCCUACAUGAAGAUAUAUUACCUCGCAUGCCCACCUAUCAUAGGAUCAAAACAGACUGCAGUGUCUAAAUGAAGUUCAGCCAUGCAAUGUUCCUGGAAGGCUGUGAUCCUGCUAGCCUUGGCAUCCAUAGCUAUCCAGUACACAGCAAUCAGAACUUUCACAGCUAAGCCCUUUCAUAUCUGCCCAGUUCCAAACCCUCUGAACUGUGGCCUGGGCCAGGAGACAGAGGCCUUUGAGCGUAUCUGUGAUGAGUACCCCUACUUCACUUAUAAUGUCUCCAGAAAGACCCACAUCCUCAUCCUGGCCACCACGAGGAGUGGCUCCUCAUUUGUGGGCCAGCUCUUUAACCAACACUCCGAUGUGUUCUACCUUUUUGAGCCUUUAUAUCACGUGCAGACCACUCUGAUUCCCCGCCUCUCACACAGUAAAAGCACAGCUGACCGGAGGGUAAUGUUGGGGGCCAGCAGGGACCUAUUGCGAAGCCUAUAUGGAUGUGACCUCUACUUCCUGGAAAGCUACAUCAAGCCUCCACCGGUAAACCACACCACAGAUAAACUCUUUCGCCGGGGUGCUAGUAAAGCUCUUUGUUCCCCGCCAGUGUGCGAUGUCUUUGGCCCGAGCGAGGUCAACAUUGAAGAAGGUGACUGCGUCAAAAAAUGCAGCACACUCAACAUGACCCUAGCUACUGACUCGUGCAAGGAGCGUCGACAUGUUGCCAUUAAGAUUGUGCGGGUGCCAGAGAUCGGAGACUUGAAGGCCCUAGUGGAAGACCCACGACUCAACCUGAAGAUCAUUCAGCUGGUGAGGGACCCACGGGGUAUCUUGUCGUCCAGGAUUGAAACUUUCCGGGACACCUACCGACUGUGGCGGAUCUGGAGGGCAACAGGUAGGAAACCAUAUAACUUGGAUCUGACCCAGCUGACUGUGGUUUGUGAGGAUUUCCUCAAUUCAGUUUCCACAGGCCUGAGCAGGCCGCACUGGCUCAAGGGGAAAUAUAUGCUGGUGAGGUACGAGGACUUAGCUAGGAACCCGCUGGAAAAGACCAAGGAGAUUUACCAAUUCUUGGGCAUGACUUUGGACAAAAAUGUGAUCAAAUGGAUACAGAUCAACACUCGAGGCAGCAAUGAAUUAUCUGCAAAGCAUAAGUAUGGUACAGUGAGGGACUCAGCGGCCAAUGCUGAAAGCUGGAGGCUAAAACUGUCAUACGACAUGGUUGAGUACACGCAGACUGUGUGUCCACAAGUUCUACAUCAGCUGGGUUACAAGACAGUCAAUUCCUCUGAGGAACUCAAAAAUAUGUCUCUCACACUUGUGCAAGACAGAACUUUUGUACCAUUUUUGUAACAAAGGUAGUUGUGGACAACUAUUUUUGAUAUAUUUAUAAACGUUGCCUUAAUUCUUUCAGAUUUGCACUAAAGAAAACCAUGAAGGAAUCUGGGUGAUACCCCGACUUAAGAACAGCACAACAAAUUUAAACGUAUAAUGCUGUUUACAGAUUCAAUCAUUGUUUAGUGAUUUAUAAGAGACCAUUAUGUUUACUUCAGUGACAUGAACGAACCUAAAGCACCGUCCCUCUUAAAAAUUAGUGUAUGCUGGCUGUUGCAUUGACAAAAGUGAAUGUUGCCAUUUGUCCAUCUGAAAUAAUUGGAUCUACAGUACAAUAUUGUUAGGAAAUGUACUUAUUACCUGUGACUGAACUUCUAAAAUGUACAACAACAACUGUGCAAUAAAAAUGUGAAUGUUACAGUCUAA